AUGACUUUACAAACAAAUUUUAAUGCACGGAUUGAAGAUUUCCCAGAAGAAAGUCUAGGUUGGAUAAGAAAUCCAUUCCAUUUUAAUAUCAAUGAAAUAAAAUUAGGAAAUUUAAAAAUAAGCGAAGAACUUAUUGACUUGUCAUCAGAUGAAAAUCUACGUAUCAGAUUUCAAGAAAAUGCAUGUGAUACAUUUUGGAUUUCCAUCAAAUCUGAAUAUCCAGAAUUAUCAAAACAAGCCAUAUCAAUUUUACUUCCUUUUGCAUCAACUUAUUUAUGCGAAACACCAUUUUUAACACUAACGACAACUAUAAACAAAUAUCGCUCCACAUUAAAUGUUGAAGCUGAUUUACGAGUAGCAGUGUCAAAUAUCAAACCAAACAUAGAAUCAAUCAUGUCUACAAUGCAAUCUCAGGUCUCUCAUUAA